CUAAUCUCUCGCUGCUAUUAAACGUGGAGCGACAAACCUGGAGAGCUCUCUACAUCGAGACCGGUCCUGCACGCUCCGAUAGUUUCUCUACUUUUGUUCCGUUUCUGAUUCGUGGAUUUCCGUGAAGUUUGAAGAUAGUUUGAAAGAGUUUUUUCCAACAUUUGAAACUUGCAUUUUCACGAUUUUUAGCGUCCAUUCUGUUACGCGUCGGAUAUGUGGUGGAUGCUGUUUCCCCGAUGGAUUUGGUUUCUGCUGGGACACUUUUAUGCUUUACUCCUUUUUAUGGACAGCUGCCGCGUGAGAGCAAUGCCAAUGCCCAUGUCUGUGUCAAAAGUGGUGUACUCUCACGCAGGUCUGUGCCCGAAUGAUCUGAACCCCAACCUGUGGGUGGAUGCGAUGAGCACCUGCAUGCGCGAGUGCGAAUUUGACCAGGACUGUGAGACAUUUGAGAAGUGCUGCCCUAAUGUAUGUGGUAACAAAAGCUGUGUGGCAUCACGCUAUAUAGACGUCAAGGGGAACAAGGGCCCCAUAGGAAUGCCAGAGGGCGCCACCUGCGACAAGUUCAUGUGCUCUCAGCAAGGGUCCGAGUGGGACAUCUGGGAUAGCCAGCCUGUUUGUAAGUGCCGGGACCGCUGUGAGAGAGAACCCCACUUCACAUGCGCCUCUGACGGCAUGACGUACUAUAACAAGUGCUACAUGGAUGCAGAGGCCUGUUCCAAGGGUAUCUCUAUCUCUGAGGUCACCUGCAGAUACCAUCUGACAUGGCCAAACACCAGUCCAAUCCCAGCAGAGACAACCCUACAUCCAACCACUGCCCUCCAGACCACCCUCCCAGCUGACAUCCAGCUCCCCACCAUACACAGCGGCCCCACCCAACAGGCUGUUUUUGUGGGUGAGACAGCCAGCUUCCUGUGUGAGGUCUCUGGGAAGCCACAUCCAAAAAUCACCUGGGAGAAACAACUGAAGGGCAAAGAGAACACCGUGAUGAAACCCAACCAUGUCCGAGGGAACGUGGUGGUCACUAACAUUGGCCAGCUGGUCAUAUACAACGCGCAACUUCAGGAUGCCGGCAUCUAUACAUGUACAGCCAAAAACGUUGGGGGAAGUGUAUCAGUACACUUUCCUUUGGUAGUGAUCAGGAAGGAGGCAAAAGGCAAGAAGGCAAUAGGGAAUAUUACAAACCUGCCAUUUCCAGCUGAAGAGUGUCUUAAGAGACCAGACACAGACGACUGUGGAGAAGAGAGCAUGAGCUGGUACUACGAACCAAAGAGGAACAAUUGCUUCACCUUCACCUACAGUCAGUGCAAUAAAAACCGUAACCAUUUCGACACCUACGGCACGUGCAUGCUGUCAUGUGGAGGAGAGCUUUCAGCCCCCUGCAGCCUACCGAGCCUUCAAGGGCCGUGCAAGGCCUACGAGCCUCGCUGGGCUUACAGCAGUGGGCUCAAAAAGUGCCAGUCCUUCGUGUACGGAGGCUGCGGUGGCAACGAGAACAACUUUGAGUCUAAAGAAGCCUGCGAAGAGAUGUGUCCCUUUCCGAAGAACCACAACUGCAAGAUAUGUAAACCCCGAGCAAAGAUGGUCACCAGCUUCUGCAAGGCUGACUUUGUGAUUCUGGGGCGUGUGACCGAGCUGACGGAGGAGCAAGAGUCAGGACACGCUUUGGUGACAGUGGUGGAGAUCUUGAAAGAUGAGAAGAUGGGUCUGAGGUUCUUUGGCAAAGAGCCGCUGGAGGUGACUCUACUGAACAUGGACUGGAACUGUCCCUGCCCCAAUAUCACUAUAGCCGACGGGCAGCUCCUCAUCAUGGGGGAUGUUCAGAACGGGAUGGCCGUCCUGCAGCCCGACAGCUUUGUAGGCUCCUCCAGCACUCGUAGAAUCAGGAAGCUUCGUGAGGUUAUCCACAAGAAAACCUGUGAUUUUAUUAAAGAUUUCUCUGCUGUCCAGUAGUCUUCUAAGUCUCAAUCACUGUUAAACAGUUUUGUUUUCUGAUUAUUACAAGCUGUAACCUCACCAGUCUGAUCGACUGCCAGUAAACGUAAAACUUAUCUGUAACAUUUGGAUGUUUUGUUGCCUGUUCUAGAUGUUUCUUCUUUUCCUACUUUGAUCAAUAUUGAUUAACAGAUCCCAGAAAAUCACUCACUGAUCCUUUUUGUUAGUUUGUAUUCAGGUGCUGAGUCAAAACUGUCUUAAAAGUUAUUUUCUUAUUAGAAUCAAGCUUAGACAGUUUUGAUGUCGCACAUAGGGCACACUGUCUGAUGAGGACAGGUAGAAAUAGUAUUAGUCACAAACAUAUACCCUGUACAAAGUAUUUGUUAUCUUUGCAGCCUUUGACUAUAACUUCAUUAUAGCUUUCCUCUCAGAUGUUGUUUGAAAUACAAUAAUAACGUUCAUUGUUGGGUAUGUUUUAUUAUCACUGGUAAGUUUGAUUUAUGUUUUCGUGGGCUAUCCCAAAAUGGACAUUGUGUAACAUCUGUCCGGAGCACUUGAGCUCACAAUAAUGCAAUGCGAAGCCUCAGUUUAUCUACCAGAAUCAAAUAAGCUCUUGGAUUCCACAUUUUGUGGAGUCUGUUUUGAUAAGUUUUUAUUUACAAUACAGAAUAUAUAUGUGGACUUCUGUACUUUGUAUUUAUUUAUCUUGAUUUAUUCCUUAUAGGGCUUUUGAUAUAAAUAUAUAUAUAUAUAUAUAUAGACAGAAAGUCUCUCUGUGAGUCUAAUUACACAGAGAGCAGACACAUUUUAUGUUAUCUAUGAUAUA